CCCAUUUAUCCAUUUAUGUUAUUGCCAUCACAACAAGUCAAAUCAGCACAGAGGCCAAAGCAAAACCAACAGGAGCUGUGUUUUCUGGGUCUUCCCUCACACCUCUGUUUCUGUCUUCUUCGAGAUUAAGGAUUCCGAUUACUAUAUAAACCACGUUGGAGUGCUUGAGAUUUGCAUUGGAGUCCUGGAUUAAAAAUGAGAGCAAUUGCUCGUUCUGUCCACCAAUUUAGAUCAGCUCUGCGGCGGCAAACAUGUAAUUACUCCACUGGUUUUGUGGGAAGGCGGAAGCUUUUGACAAACAGCUAUUCUGGGUUAGCUCAUGAACUCUCUAACAAUGCCAAAUUCGAUAGAUUUCCACACCCCGCGAAUUUUGGCUCAAGAGCUCUGUCAGUUGAUGCUGUUCAAGUUACUAAUGGAGAUGCAAGCAAAGGAGGGCCACUUGUUGAGUAUGAGCGAAGAAUUGCUGCGGGCGAACUUGUUGAUGGUGAUGCCUGCCAGGUAAGCACCUUAACAGAACUUCAAAGGCUAUAUGAUGAACUUGUUCAGUCAGCUGAUGCCUGCCGGCUGGAUAGAUAUACAACUUCGAGGAAAUCUGGAAGGAGUAGAUGGUUGUGGUCUCGUUUCAUUCCACAGUCUUCAAAUGCCUCCCCUGUUAAAGGUCUUUAUCUUUAUGGAGGAGUGGGAACUGGAAAAACCAUGUUGAUGGACUUGUUUUUCGAUCAACUACAAUGCAGUUGGAGGAAAAAGAGGAUUCAUUUCCAUGAUUUUAUGUUGAAUGUCCACAGCUGCUUGCGAAAGCACCAGGGUGUAGAAGACCCUCUUGAAGUUGUUGCAGGAGAGAUAUCUGAUGAGGCAGUCUUGUUAUGUCUUGAUGAAUUCAUGGUGACUGAUGUUGCUGAUGCAUUAAUACUAAAUCGUCUAUUUAGACAUCUAUUCGACAAUGGCGUUAUUCUUGUUGCCACCUCCAAUCGUGCUCCAGAUAACCUGUAUGAACGUGGAUUGCAGAGGGAUCUGUUUCUGCCCUUUAUUGCUGCUUUAAAGGAAAGAUGUGUGGUUCAUGAAAUUGGUUCAGCAGUAGACUACCGAAAACUGACUUCGGCUGAGCAAGGGUUUUACUUUGUUGGUAAAGAUUUGUCAGGCUUUCUUAAGGAAAAGUUUCAAGAAUUGAUUGGGGAUUACGAAGCUCAUCCUGAGGAGGCAGAAGUAGUUAUGGGAAGAACAUUAAAGGUUCCACUAGGUGCUAAUGGAUGUGCAUAUUUUCCUUUUGAGGAACUCUGUGACAGACCUAUGGGAGCUGCAGAUUAUUUUGGAUUGUGCAAGAAAUACCAUACCUUGGCCUUGGAGGGUGUCCCUAUUUUUGGACUCCACAAUAGGACAGCUGCAUAUCGGUUUGUUACUUUAGUUGAUGUGAUGUACGAGAACAAGGGCAGACUGAUGUGUACAGCUGAGGGGACUCCAUUUGAACUUUUUGAAAGAAUAGUGACAAUCUCUGAUGCCCAACAAGUGGCACCUAGAACCUCUUCGAGAUCAAGGAAAAAUGAUGAUUCGGAGCUAUGUGUAGAUAAUGAAUUGGGAUUUGCUAAAGAACGCACCAUUAGUAGAUUAACAGAAAUGAAUAGCAAAGAGUACUUGGAGCAUCAUGCUGCAGCACUGGAAGAGAACGACUCCCAUGAAGAUCUGAAUCAGGAUAAAACCGUGCACGCAUGAUGCAGAAAAGAGAGAAUUCUUCCUAGUACAGUAAACCAUUGUUGUAAAACUGUACGGGAUUAUAUCAAUAAGAAAAGGGUACUUGUUCCAUGUAAGCAUUUUUACCUGUUCUAGUGAGGCUGUCCUAAUUUAAUAUAGGAUUUGACUAGAUCUAUUUCUUUGUGUUCAAUAAUGCAAUCUCCCAUAUGUAAAUGCGCCAUCAGUUGGCAUCCUGUUUAAUAAAUUUUGUGGCCUAAUGAUUUCCAUACAGCGGGCAGAUCCUCGACAUUGAGAUAUGUAUAUUUAGUAUUUAA